CGUCACUGCUCCUCCCACCCCCACUCCCUGCUUCUUCGCGACCCGUGUCCUCUCUCUCUCGCUCUCUCUCUCGCUCGCUCUCUCGCAACAGUGUGCGAGGCUACGGGAACGAGAUGCCUUCCGAUCGUGACCUAGAGGCUGGUAGUCAUGAUAAUAUCAAUGGAGGAGUUGCCACCGCAAGAGUGAACUCCAUCACCUCCUCUGCUUCUUGCUUCCCAUUCACUCUUAAAUUUAUGGAUGUUUCCUACCGCCUCAAGCUCGAUCCGAUGUCGGGUUCCGGAGGUAAUGGAAUCAGGCGCAUCCUCCACUCCGCUGGCGGUUCCUCUGCAGCUCCUGAAGAGAGAGUUAUCCUCAAUGGCAUCAGCGGCAUGGUGUCGCCCGGUGAGAUGCUCGCCAUCCUCGGGCCCUCCGGCAGCGGGAAGUCCACUCUGCUUAGCAUCCUCGCGGGCCGACUGCAAGGAAAACACACCGGCACCGUGCUCGCCAACGGCCACCGGCUCACGAAGUCCGUCCUGCGACGGACCGGCUUCGUGACGCAGGACGACGUGCUCUACCCGCAUUUGACCGUGCGAGAGACGCUGGUGUUCUGCGCCAUGCUCCGGCUGCCGAGGACGGUGGAGAAGACGGAUAAGGUGGCGUCUGCCGAGGCGGUGAUAGCGGAGCUGGGGCUGUCCAAGUGUGCUGACACCUCGGUGGGCGGGCCGUUCGUGCGGGGGAUCUCCGGCGGGGAGCGGAAGCGGGUGUGCAUCGGGCACGAGAUGCUGGUGAACCCGAGCCUGUUGCUGCUCGACGAGCCGACGUCGGGGCUGGACUCGACGGCGGCGAGCCGGCUGGUGGCGACGCUGGGCGGGCUCGCGAGGCAAGGCAGGACGGUGGUGACGUCGGUGCACCAGCCGGCGAGCCGGGUGUACCAGAUGUUCGAUUCGGUGCUGCUGCUCUCGGAGGGCAGCUGCUUGUACUUCGGCAAGGCCAGGGACGCCGUGGACUAUUUUGGCUCUGUUGGCUUUGCUCCAAAGUUCCAUGUCAACCCCGCUGACUUCAUGCUGGAUUUGGCCAAUGGGGUCACUCAAACAGAUUACCAGGGUGAUGCAGAGAAGUCAGCUGUGAAGCAGUCUCUGGUCUCGUCUUACAACAGUGUGUUGGCACCAAAGGUGAGGGCGGGGCUGACUGCUGCUGUCCCCAGAAAUGCCACUCACACAGGGAAGGAUGUCUGUGUCGAGAGAGGGAGGAAGGAGCAGAGGAGCAUCAGCUGGUGCAGCCAGUUCUCCAUCCUCCUCCAGAGAAGCCUCAAGGAGAGGCGGCACGAGUCCUUCAACUCCCUCCGAGUCUUCCAGGUCAUGGCGGCCGCAGUACUCUCGGGGUCCAUGUGGUGGCACUCCAGCAUCCGUGACGUCCAAGACCGGCUCGGCCUCCUCUUCUUCAUCACCAUCUUCUGGGGCGUCUUCGCCUCCUUCAACGCCGUGUUCACGUUCCCGCAGGAGCGAGCCAUCUUCAUCAAGGAGCGGUCGUCCGGCAUGUACAACUUGUCGUCCUACUUCAUGGCGAGAAUGGCGGGCGACCUGCCGAUGGAACUCAUCCUCCCCACCGUCUUCACCCUGAUACUGUACUGGAUGGCUGGGCUGAGAACAGAGCCAGGGGCGUUCCUGCUCACGCUCGCGGUGCUCCUCGGGUACGUGCUGGUGGCGCAGGGCCUUGGGCUGGUUCUCGGCGCCGCGAUCAUGGACGCGAAGCAGGCUUCCACCAUCGCCACCGUCACCAUGCUCGCCUUCCUGCUCACCGGGGGAUUCUACGUGCAGAACAUACCGAGCUGCCUGGCGUGGUUGAAGUACAUCUCCUUCACCUUCUACUGCUACAGGCUUCUCAUCAUCAUUCAGUACGGCGGCGGCCAAAUGGAUUACCUGCUCGCUUCGUCGCAUCACAGGAACAAAAGGGACGCGGACGGCGAGCUGGUGGCGCAAGUCAGCACGUCGGUGUGCAUCGCAGCGCUGCUCGCCAUGUUCGUAGGGUACAGGGUCUUGGCGUACAUGGCUCUCAGGCGCACCAAGGCAUGAGCAGAGCAGUGAUGAUGGUGUGUCUGAGGCUUACCUACUACAAUAAAGAAGACGAAGAAGUCCGGAUGACGGAACACAGAAGCCAAAGUCGUGGGAAGUGAACAAGUGUAUAGUUGUCGUGGAAACUGGGAGUGCGUAGGAAGCUAACAAGAAGCAGAGAUCGAUUCAAAUGCUUGGUGAAUAGGAAUGCAGUCUGUGGUGCUUGUGCACUGUAAGGAAGCAGAAAGGUGCUUCUCCUUCGUGUCACGAGGAUGAACACCAACAUGAUGAACCAAAUAAAAUGAUUGUUCUUGUUUGA